AUGGUCCUUGCAAAGGUUCUGCCUGUCUUGCCUCGGUCGGUCCCCUUAGACUCACUUGAUCAGCAGUUCUUUUGUAGGAGAAGCACACUCUCCGCUGAUGUUGCAUUCGGCUACCGCGAUUUCGUGCUGGUUGCGUGUAGAGUCGUCGUGCUUGUAAGAGUCGACUAUUUUGUACUGUUGCAUGAUUUGAAUGAAAAAAUUCUUAAAAAACAUAGGGGCAACGAGAAGAGUCCAGCUCUCCUCCCAAACAGAGCAGCGCCGGAGGGGAGGAAGCAGAAUCGAGAAGGGGCAAUGGCGGAAUCCAACUCGUACGAGGAGCAGCGCCGGAGGCAGAUUGAGGAGAACCGCCGGAAGCUGGAGGAGCUCCGCCUGCACCAUCUUUCCGCCGCCGUCCGCGAGGCCGCCGCCAGGCCCAAGCCCAAGCCCAGGCCCAGGCCGAAGCGCAAGGCCCCGGGGCCCUGCGAGCUCCAGCGGUCCGGCCGCGUCGCCGGCCUCCCGGAGCAGCCCAACUACCCCAAGGGCGCGCAGCAGCGCGACUACCAGGGAAUGUACGACGAUGUUAUUCGGAAAGGACCGACCGACGCUGACGAACAGAUGGCCGCCGCCGCCGCCGCCAAACAAAAGGCGGAGGAGCUCAAGCAACGGAUUCACGGCAUCCGCUGGCCCGCCUUCGUCAAGCCCGUGACCCACGACUGCGCCAGCAGGGCAGCCGUAAUGACAAUCCCGAAGCACUUCAUCGAGCAUCUCCCGGCGCAUGAUGAGGCGGUCGUCUUGGUGGACGAGGCGGAUGACGAGUUCCACAUGAUGUACAAUGCCAGGCACCACUUCCUCAGGAAGGGGUGGAGAGGGUUCGCCGCCCACCAUGACCUCGUCGACGGCGAUUGCUUGGUUUUCCAACUGACAGAGAGGACAAAGUUCAAGGCAGAUGAGCUGGACGACAAUGGCCACUCUCAAGAAUUUGACGAAGAAGGAGAGGGCAAAGCUUUUCCCCCAGCCCGCGCAACCGAUUCAGAAGAUCGAGAUCCUCCUCUGGGCGAUGGAGCAGGCCAAUUCGUCCAGCGAGUGAACCAGGCGGAGGUGGUGGGCGUUCAGAUCCAGGGUAGAGCAUCCACUGGAUCAGGAACCCACCGUGCACGAGGUGCCGUUGCAGAUCGUGCAGCCUCCAACCGAGUCACCGGAGACUUCGAAGCGCAAGAUGAGGAGGACAAUGGUCGCGACCUCGCUUCCCCGCCGUUCUCCACGCUUCCCUCGCCGCUCUCCUCGUCUGAACGGCGGCGGUAG